AUGGGCUGUGCAUCUGCCAAGAGAUUGCCAUGUGAACCAGAUGAUUAUGUCGAUCAGUUUGAGGCGCCUGUGAGCACCAAGUCCACUAUCUCUACGUCAGGCGGAGGCGACAGCAACCUGUCUACGAGCACGUGCGCAUCGAGUGAUGAUGCUGCAUGCGGAGCAGUGCCGUCCGACGGGCUGCCAGGAGCGCCGUCAAGGGCGCAGAGUUCGAGGCAUUCGAGUCGGAAGGCGACUGGCGACGCCCUGCUGGGCCGCCCCACUGAGGGGACAGCCGACCCCCGGAUGAUGAAGAAGAGGAACAAACGAGGAGAUUGGCGUCAGGCCCGCAAGCCCUUCCUGUCCGACCUACCAGAGGUGGACGCCGACAUCCCCUACCGCGUCAACUUGGUGAUGCUGGGCAUGGCCGCGGAUCAGGUGGCGCAGUCGGCCUGCCAGAGCGCGGCUGCCCGGUCGCUGGUCGCGAGGCCCCCGCAGGAGAAGGAGGAGACCCGCGCUGCUGGGGGGGACUUCCUGGCGGAAGUGUUUUCCGCGGCCUCGGAGACCGCUGCUGGCGAGGAGCGAGCCGUGGACGAGCGUCGGGUCCUCGAUGCCGACAAUGACCGCUGCUUGUGCAAGGUGAGCGGAGGCCCCUUCGCCUGCGUGAACCUGGCCAAGCUGGCGUUCACCCGGGUGGCGCCCGGAGCGGAGCUGCCCGUCUGCGGUUCGCCAUUCGAGGCCCUCAGCACGAUCAUUGUCAUUACCCUGGUGGUGGCCGGCUCCGUUCUCGGCGAGGACCCCGCCGCGGCGGUGCAUGACCAGCUGAGGGCCCUGAAGGAGCUGGUCGGGCUUCUCCGCGUCAGGACCCCCACGAAGUUGCGCCCUGUGCGCGCCGUGUUGCUCUGCUACCUCGACGAGGCCAGGAGUCUGUCCGAGAACAACGGGGCCCGCACCUGCGAGUGGCAGGACAUCAUUUCGGAGUUCGAGGAGGAGAACGGAAAGCUGUGGAAGUUCGGGCCGGUGGACCCCUCCGACAAGGAGGAGGUGCACGCCACCUUCGAGCAGAUGGCCUCCGCCCGCGUGAGCUCUCCAACCCCAGCGUGCGAGGGUGGGCCAGAAGACUCCGAGGCGUUGGCGCUGCCCGGCGAGCUCAUGACGCCCUCCAUCUCCGUUUCGGAGGCCUCGCAAUCGCGGUCGCAGCAGGCUGCGCGGCUACAUGGCGAGCGAUUGACGACGCCAUGUCCUUCCGUGUCGGAGGCGUCCCAGACUUUGACGCCAUUUGCUUCUGUGUCGGCGGAUGCGCGGUGUGUGGCGCCAUCUCGACUGGACCAGGCGGUGGGUUUGCCUAUUGACGUCAUGACGCCCUCCGUCUCCGUCUCAGAGGCGUCGCAGUCGCGGCAGGCUGCGCGGCUACAUGGCGAGCGAUUGACAACGCCAUGUCCUUCCAUGUCGGAGGCGUCCCAGGCUUUGACGCCAUCAGUUUCCGUGUCGGACGCUUCGUUCAUGAUGCCCUCUUUCUCUGUCUCAGAGGUCUCGCAGUCGCGGCAGGCUGCGCGGCUACUUGGCGAGCGAUUGACGACGCCAUGUUCUUCCGUGCCGGAGGCGGCACGGUCGCUUCCCGUGUCGGAGGCGUCCCAGUCGCGGCGGAUGCUGAGCAGUGGUUGCUUCGGGUCGGAGUCGGAGGCCUCGCAGACGCAGCAGAGGGCAGAGGAACUGUUGCCCGUGAUGGCCAACAUCAGUCCGAGCUUGCCGUCCAGCAAGGCUUCCACGCCCAUGAUGGCGGCCGAGCCGGCUGUGCCCUCCGAGGAGGAUGAGGCCUUCUUGGAACAGUCUGCUGACGAUGCAGCACAGCUGGCCUCCUUCAUCGACAAAGCGAACGCCGCCAUGGACACGCUGUCUGCCGUGCGCGAAGGCGACGAGCUGAACAACGACAACCCAUCCUCUCUCACUAGGACACACACCAUCGACUGA